AUGUCUAAGUCCGAAUCCCGGGUUCUGCUGCUGGAAAAUGACCAUUUGGAAAUUGCGACGUCUGACCAGGAAAAAGACGGAUUUUCCUCGGGAUAUGACUCCACACAGGAAGUAUCCGAUACGGAAACCAGUCUGUUAAAGCCACAGCAGCCAUACUUGACAUGUGACUCCGCAUGUGAUAGCGAGUCUGAAGACGAGGCUACAGAAGUCAUGAGCUACAAAAGUACCAGCGCACUCUGUGAACAUCUUAAAUACAUCGUUUCCAUGCCAGAGUUGUGUGACGUCACGUUUUUGGUCGGCCCAACUAAGAUUCCAGUGUACGGAGUAAAGGCAAUUCUCGGCACAAGAAGCAGAGUGUUGUAUCAACUCAUUUUAAAUCAACAACAUCGAGCGGCAACAGAAAGAUCGUCAUUCAAGAAAUUACGAAAGUCCCAUUCCAAGUCGAAUGUUAUCAUAGACGUUAAUAAGUACGAGCCGGAGGACUUCAGAAUGUUGAUGCAAUUUGUUCACUGUGGAUCUGUAGACAUUGGUGUUCACAAUGUAGCGGGUUUGUUGUGUGGAGCCUAUCAGUUUGGUUUGGAGGACUUGCGAUCAGCCUGCUGGGAUUUUGUCCGUCGCUCAUUAAAUAGUACAUCUGGAAAGGAAACUGCGCAUGCGUUGAUGACAUCGGCUUUCCGAUAUAGUCAACACAGAGCAACAAGGAAACUCGUCUCCAAGAUCAACAAGUCGCUUCAUGAAAAUGAAAACAAGAUAAACGAAAACUUUCAAGAAAAGUCAUCCUAUGGUUCAAAACAGAAGACAUCGAAUGUGACAACUGUAUAG